AUGGCUUCAGUUAGUACAAGUGUAUUGACAACAACACAAUUGAGAAAAUUUAGUGCAAGAACACAAGCACACAUGAAAAAACGUGUCGGUGGAAAUAAAAAUUUAUACAAAGAAUUGUAUUCUAAAAGUGGUAAAAAUUUAAAUGGAGAAAUCACAAUUAAUGAACAAUUUGUUCAAGCAUGUGAAAAUGGUGAUUAUAAUACGGUAAAUCGAAUAUUAGAAGAAAGAAAAAAUUUUAAUAUCGAUGUUACAGAUCAACUUGGACGAACAGCAAUGAGGUAUAGUAUUGAAUGAUAAUCAAUUCUUUUUCUCUCUAAUUUGUCAUAUUUAAAAACGGUUCUCAUUUAAAUGCUAAGUGGAAGUUUUUUUUUCUAAGUAGUUUAUUUAAAUUUUUGAAUAAAAAAAUUUUUAUUUUCUAAACAAAAUAUUACAUAUAUUUUGAUAAACAAAUAAAUUUUGUUAAGUAAAAACCAACAGUAGAAGGGCAUAUCAACAUGAAAAAAACAAAGCUUAUAUAAAAUAGAGAAGAUUUUUCUUUUACUAUGACACUGUCUGCCACACACAUGUAUCAUUUUGACUGAUGAUGUUCUGAGUGAAGAACGAAACGUCUCAAUAAAGUUGUUUACUUUAAAAAUGAGAAAAAAAGGUGGAAUUAAUCUUUUUAUUCCUAAUUAAAUUAUUCACCUUAAAAACGCAUUUUUCAAUUUAUUAACUUAAUGAUUAAAUAUUUUACUUAUAAACCCCCCUCCUCGAAAUAGAACACCAAAUAUCUUCUAUUUGGCUUUCGUGUCAUAUGAUUGACAGUGGUCUUCUAAUGAGAAAUGGUCUUUUUUUAAUUAAUUCAAUUUAAAUUUAAAUUAUUGAGAAAAAUUAAAUUAAUUGAGUAUCCAAUAAUUUUAUUAAAUGCUUAAAUUAUUUACUGAGGAGAUAUAAAUUUUACUUGGCACAAAUUAACUUAGCAUUUAGAUAGUUUUAUUGACGAGGGAACCGCCCGAAGUGAUACACUCUGACUUUGUUCAAACCUGGCUAUUUGUAUGUAGUCAAGGGUGCUGAUUACAAAUAUAAUAGCCGUUUGCACUCAUAGGCCUUUCCUCGUGUCGCUCUGGAAAACAGGUUUUCUAG